ACGCUCAAAACAAAACACUGCAGUUGGCCGCGCGGCAUUGUUGCGAUUGUUUCGGGCGUUCACCACCGUGUUCUGCACAUUGUUAUGCUUCGGGAGGUUGUUUCGUUCGCCUGAUACGAGGACACCUUUUCUUGCCGCAAUUUGCUUGUGCAGUGUUGGUGUAGUGCGUGUAGUACGACGCCCUUGAUACGACGAGCGUGCAGUGUGACCAUUCCAUCCGCACGGCACAGGUAAACAACGAGUUCUAUUGCCUUACGAGCAGCAGCAGCAGCAGACGCAACAGGAAGUGCAAUUUUCCCUCCGAAGGAUACAGUGAAACGCAGCGCAAAUCAGCGCAUCCUAGAUCGUGAUCGCGAGAGCUCUCUCUCUGUCUCUCUAUCUCUUUAUCCCAUCCCCUGCCCCCGGCGAGCGUUGUUUAGAACAACGGCAAAAACAUCUGUUUCGCGGAGGACGAACCCAUACCGGUGGCCGGAGCAGUGCAACCGUUCGAACCGUGGAAAGGCACGGAACGGAACACGCUGAGAGCGGACAGCAGCGGACAGAAAACACACGCGCGGUAUAAAGCACGACCGCUGCCACGAUGAGCCGGUUAUUCGGUAGUAGUAGUGGUUCGGUGCUCGGUACGGCCGGAAGCAAAAUGUCGUCGUUCCGCAAGGUGACUCACUGUAUCUUCGACAUGGACGGGCUGUUGCUUGAUACGGAGAAGAUCUACGAAAACAUCUUGCGCGAUCUGUUGAAAUCGUACAACUCGCCGUACCCGUGGCCGACGCGCAUGAAGGUGAUGGGCACAACGGAACAGCGCACCUGCUCGAUACUGGUGAACGAUCUGAAGCUGCCCUGCUCGGUGGAUGAGUUUCUGGCGCGAUUCCGUCGCGAUCAGUUGCUACACCUCGGCCGGGCGCCGCUAAUGCAAGGCGCAGAGCGGCUGGUGCGCCAUCUGCACCAACACAACGUGCCGAUCGCGCUGGCCACCAGCUCGGGAGCGGAUUCGGUCGAGGUGAAGACAAAGAACCACCGCGAGCUGUUCGAGCUGUUCGGGCACAAGGUGAUGGGUUCGUCCGAUCCCGACGUGAAGGAGGGUAAGCCGGCGCCCGACAUCUUUCUGGUCGCGGCCGACCGCUUCCCGGACCGGCCCGCUCCCGACCAGUGCCUGGUGUUUGAGGAUGCGCCGAACGGUGUGACGGCAGCGAUUGCGGCCGGCAUGCAGGCCGUCAUGGUGCCCGAUCCGCACAUCGAGGAGGACCAGCGGAAGCACGCGACGGUCGUGCUGAAAUCACUCGAGGACUUCCACCCGGAACAGUUCGGUUUGCCGCCGUUUACGUCGUGAACCACGCGUGGGACGCUUUUGACGACUACCGCGGAGCCGGCCAUUACUCCCCGAAAAAAAAAAUGCUUACAACUACUACCACUACUACUACUACUACAACUGUAAGCCGCAACGUAGUGUGUGUGCAGCACACGUCCGAUUUUAGCAGAGCAGUGUUCUAAACACAGCACCACCGUUGGAGCGAAAUUUUGAUGAUGCGCGCGCCCGCACACGAUUUGUUUGCGUAGAACGCACAAGCGUCCAACCCAAAAAAAGGGGUCUACUGCCGGGUGGGACGGACGUUAGUUUGUAUUUAGUUUUAUUUCUCGGAAAGCUUUUUCUUUAGGUGCGCGAUCGAUGUGUAUCGCUAGAAUGUGAAAUCGCUUGAUUGAGCGCCCGUCAAUGCGAACAAACAAAAAAAAAAGAAGAAAAUACAAUGUUGUAAUUGUAAAGAAAACGGCA